CUCUUUCUCCCCUCUACAUUCUAAUUGUAAGACAUGGCCCCUGUUAACAAGACCAAGAAGAACUCCGAGAACAUCAACUCGCGUCUCCAGCUCGUCACCAAGUCUGGCAAGUACACCUUGGGUUACAAGUCGACCUUGAAGACUCUUCGUCAGGGAAAGUCCAAGUUGAUCAUCAUUGCUGGCAACUGCCCCCCUCUUCGCAAGUCUGAGCUUGAGUACUACGCCAUGUUGUCUAAGACCGGUGUCCACCACUACAACGGCAACAACAUCGACCUCGGUACUGCCUGCGGUAAGCUUUUCCGCACCACCGUUCUCUCGAUCACCGACGCUGGUGACUCGGAUAUCUUGAACACUCAAUAAGUGUACGGUUAAGCAUGUCUUAAACUUUUAGUAAUAAAAGAGGCAUUCUAUGAUCCUUGGAUAUUUAUUUAUACUGCCUGUAAACAUGUAUCUGGAUGUGAUAGUUUUGAUGGGUGUUGGAUGGAAACAGAAUCAUUACUCUGUGAAUUAAUGCAUUAUUUCCCAAUGUGUCAACAAUUCUCAUGGUGGGCUGAAUCAAUAUCUCUGCUAUGUCAUGUCUAGCAGCAGCAAAAUAUCGUUAUCUUUAUCCUAGCAUCAUAAUUGUGUUAACGGUGCCACAACGGGUUGGCUGCUUCGGCCAUUGUUUGUUUUCCGAUCAAAAAGUUUUAUAUCGCUUCUUUAAUAAUAUUUUGAAUGGUAC